AUUCGAGAUUGGUCCCUAGAACGGCCAUUCUGAAUGGCCAGCAGCUCACUUUGAAACUAGCAACGCCUGUCACCGACUCCUUGUUCCGCUCUGUCGCCGACCCCGCUGCUCGGCUUAGACUCCAUCCGCCAACGCUCUCCGGCGCCAUCCCUUGGAGGCGAAAGGUUGCGACUGUCGCGUUCCCUCGUGUCAAAUUCCCUAGUGCGGCGCGGAUCCUCGCGAGCGGCCAUGCCGCAAUGGUAACCAGCGCGAGUCCAGCUGCUAGGAGUUCCACCGGGCUCGCGUUCGUGUUCGACGCGCACUCGCUGCGAUGGCGGGCCACCAGCAACUUGCUGCUGAACGGCGCUGACUCGGAGUCCCAGUCGGACACCAGCAACCGCCGCAGAUGGCGCUUGUUACAAGAGCCGUUCUGCCCGUCGCGCGCGAGACUGUGGACCACGGACGACCUGCCGCGCCUUGCGACGGACGACCUGCCCAGGCCGUGCGGGGAGACGCGUGCAGAAGUGGAGCGCCCAGUGGCGCGGGUAUCCCUUGAGUCAACUCACAAUCCAAGGGCCUCUGACCCUCGUUCCCCCUCCGACCCGCCUUCGUCAUCCACGCUACAAUCGCCGCCUGCAAUCGGCGCAGCAGUGCAAUCACCAAGAGCGGCAGAAGCAACACCAGCAGCAGCAGCACCAGCAGAAGCGUCGGAAGCAGCAGCAGGGGACGCGGCAGCACAGGGGCGGCGGCAAGCAGGUCCCUUCCUGGGCGACGAGCUGCUGGGCAUGGAGCAGCUGACGGGCGUGGUGCGGGGCACCCUUCGCUUCUGCUGCUCCGAUGACUCCCACUGGCCCCACGGCGACGGCUCGUUCCUAUCCUCGGACGACCGUUGCAAGAUCCGAUCCCUCUGGGACCCCACGGAGUUUCAUACGCAUUUAGAGCAGCUGCUGACACGAAACCAGAAGCACGUCACGGUGACGUCCCUGCACAUCCCCGCGACUCUCGUCUCUGACCAGCCGUGGCUGCUCAAGAGGCUGAUGCGGGUCGUCUCGCAGUCGUGCGCCAGCCUGCAGUCGCUGUGCCUCCAGGCGCAGCCAGAGCGCGGGUGGUGUCCGUUGCACGAGGAUUUGAGGGAGCCCAGGGAUUGGGGAUGGAAGAAGCCAGCUCAGCUGGAACAGGUGGGGCAGCUUAUAACGGCUUGCCCCCACCUGCGCUCGCUACACUUCAACCUCAAUAACAAAUACAUCGAUAUAAGUGAGGAAGUCGCACCGCUCCUCUCCCAUCUCGCCCACCUCUCCCUCCCUCUCUGCGACCUCCCUCCCUGCCUCCUUCCCCACCUCUCCUCCCUCCGCUCCCUCCAUCUCUCCCUCUCUGCACCCCACCAUCCCCUCCUCCUCUCCGGCGUCCCCUUCCACUCUCUCUCCCGCCUCUCCCUCCUCCACCUCUCCCUUGGCUCUUUUGCCUCGGGGCUGUCCGAGCCUCUCUCCCCGGACCUGUUUGCUGGGCUCGGACCGAGCCUGCGGUCCUUGACUUUCCUCGUGUGUGCGAAGCAGAAAGGGCCCGCAGAGAAAAGGAGAAAAUACCGUGAUGGGAGAGCGGAUAAGGGAGGGGAUGGGGGAGGGGAUGGGGGAGGAAAGGGGCAGAGGAAUGGAGGAGGGAGUGGGAAGGAGGUGGAGGAGGAUGGCGGAUGGGUGGGGGACGCGUGGGGUCGGGAGGACGAGGUGGUGUGCUGGGUGCCUGGCUCGGUGUGGUCGCUCUCUCGCCUGCAGCAGCUGACCACCAACGUGGGAGGCGCGUGGGAGAGCACGGGACUCAAUGCCCUCUUCCCACCCCAUGCCUCUCACUCAACCCCUCCCUCCGCCUCCUGCUCCUGCUGCUGCUGCUGCUCCUCCUCCUCCUCUUCGUUGCACCAGCACCAGCAGCACCACCAGUGCCUAGCCUCCCUUCCUAGCCUCACCUCUCUCUCCCUCCCCUCUCACCGCACCUUCCCUCCGUGCCUCUCCUCCCUCUCCUCCCUCACUCACCUCUCCAUCCCCCUCGCCGCCCCUCUCCUGUCCCCCCAUUCCCUCGCGCUCUUCUCCCACUGCCCCCGCUUGACUCACCUGCACGCGUGCGGUGAGGGCCCCACCGAACCCGAAUCUGGUCUCGCCGAGCCUCUAUUCUGCCACGAAGCAGUCCCUUUCUCCGGCUCCCUCCGCCACGUGACCCUCACCGGGACAGCUGGCCUGCAGACGCUCAAGAUCCAUGGCUCGCCCCACGUGGCGGUGCAGGGGCGGGGGGAGCAGAUGGGGGAGCAUUCUGGGGAGGGGGAUGUGGGGCAGGGCGCAUGUGGUGAAGGGGAGGACGCAUGUGGUGCAGGUGGUGCAGCAGCGUGUUUCUUCCCUUUGCUUGAGGAGCUUGUGCUGCGCAGUGUGAGAAGCCAUGGGCAGGCAGGGUCAGAGCAGCCGGCUCGGCAGCAGCAGCUGGCCCAGCAGGCGCAUACUCUUGCAUUCAUGGGCCAUCUGCCCUGCCUAACCCACUUGGCCAUCGAAGAUACUUCCCACCCCCCCCUGCACGCCCCCACCAUACUCCCCGCCCUCCUCCCCAACCUCACCUUCCUCCGCGUCCACUUCCCCCCACCUGCCCCCCUCCCCGUGCUGCCUAAGCUGCGAGCGCUCAUAGUCGGGUCGUACCCUCACACCUCGCGCUUCCUCUCCGCCCUCUCCCUCUUCCCCUCCCUCUCCUCCCUCCGCAUCCUCAACCUCUCCAUGCACAACUACCACUCCGCCCUUUCCUGCCCUCCCUCACUCAAAUGCCUCCAAAUUUGCCACUCCGCCACUCCUCUCCUCCCCAACUCCCUCCGCCUCUUCUCCUCCCUCACUCGCCUCGACCUCUUCCAGUGUGUGCCGCUCCGCGCCCUCCCCUCCUUCCUCUCCGCCUUCUCCUCCCUCGCCCACUUCUCCUUCGACCAUGACUAUUAUCACCCAGUGGUUGUGCCCAUGGGCCUUGAAGGGUACCUCCAGGGGAAGAGGUGGGCGCAAGAGAAGGAGGAGGGAGAGUGGAGGGAGUGGGGUGGGAUGGAGAAGCAAGAGAGGAGAUGGAGGAGGGAGUGGAUGGGGGCAAAGGAGAGGAGGAGGAUUCGGUUUCAGAGUGUGUUUAAGGAGUCAUCGUUGAGUGAGGCGCAGAAGGAGGAGCAGAGGGAGUGGUGGAUUCAGGUGGGGAAAGAGGAGGAGGAGGAGGGAGGGUACCAGUCGUUGCAUCAGGGUGCAAGAGGAGAGGAGGAUGACAAGCAGCAGCAGCAGCAGCAGCAGCAGCAGGCGGAGCAGGGGGCGAAGUUGGUGCGAGGGGCACAGAAGGUGGAUCUGAGAGCCAUAACGACGAAGCAGCAUGGCACGAAUCAAGACCCGCAAAACCACUCGCGGUUACCAGCAGAGGAGCUGCAGCAUGGGCGGCAUGACAGCAGCAGCACGAGCAGCAGAAGCGCUAACACCAGCUCCAGCACCAGCACUACCAACAAUGGCAAGCCGCCGCCGCAGUUAUCAGCAGAGGUGCUACAGGCCGUGCUGCAGCGGCUGCAGGGGCCUAUGGAGGAGGCACGAGUGAGCGGUGUGUGCCGCGAGUGGCGCCGCUGGUACCGCCUCCACACCUCUUGCUUCGCCUUUGCCCUCCACCCCCUCUUGCUGUCCUGGGUUCCCCUCGCCCUGCUCCAACCCCCUCCUUCCUCCCCCUCCUCCUCGUCCUCCUCCUCCUCCACCUCCUCCUCCUUCUCUCUUAAUCUAGUCUGCAGAAGCGGCAGCAGGAGGCGCGAGCACAGGAUGACAAGUCUCAACGGUCCGCCCCUUUUCUCCUCCCCAUGGCACCCCGCUGACUCCCCCUUCUGGGUCAUCCACUCCCCCCCCUCCACCCGCUCCUUCUCCCUGCUCCCCUCCUCCUCCGCUCCCUUCACCAUCCCCCCUCCCAUCGCCCCCUGCUCCCUCUCCACCUGCUUCACACACCUGCUGCACAGGUGGCGUCCUUUGUCCCCCAUCUGGUUCUCCCCCGUCUGGUUCGCCUCGCUCCCCUCGCCCGCCUCCCUCGCCCGGACCAUUGCCCUCUACCCCAGCCUCUCUGCACUCGUCCUGCCCUUAGUCUCCACCGCUGCCCGCCCCCUCCGCCCCUCCCACGUGCGCCCUCUCCUCUCCGCUGCCGCCGCUCAGCCCGCCCUCUCCUCGCUGUCCGUGCUGCUGGAGGACGGGUAUAGGGACUACUGGGAGCGGGGGUAUGGGCGGGAGGAAUGGCUGAAGCUGGGAGCAAAGGAGAGGGAGAGGGAGAUGAGGCGAUGGUGGGGCGAGGCGAACGGGGAGGUGGAGAGAGGGCUGUUUGCGGUGGUGAAGAGGUGCCGGGGACUGCAGCAGCUGCAUGUGCAGGGGGAGAAUCUCGCCAACAGACUAAAACUCCCUGCCAACCUCUUCCACCGCUGCCCGCAACUCACUGCUCUCUCCCUCCCCCUCUCCCGCCUCCCCGCCUCCCUCCUCUUCCUCCCUCGCCUCACCUCCCUCUCCCUUGCCCUCCCUGCAGAUCACAUGCCGCCCCAGUUCGCCCACUCUGCCCCCUUGGCGCACCUGCGCUCGCUGCGCGCACUCUCCCUGCACGUGCAACACAUCUUCAGCCUCCAGUGCACCAGCAUGGACGCCAGCAGCUGGAACAGCGUCUCACCCCACCUCCUGCUCGGACUGCCGUACCUCACCUCGCUCUCCCUCUCCCUCCCCACCGACACCAUUCCUGAUUCCUUCUCCUGCCUCACUGCCCUCACUCGCCUGAAAACCAACCUGUGGAUCCCGGGACUGGAGGACGAGGGAGGGGUGGGAGAGGAGGGGGAGGAGGAGGUAGCGGAGGAAGAGGAGGCAGAGGAAGAAAGAAGGGUGAGGCAGGAAGAAGAUGGUGGGUGUGAUGACGAGGAGGAGAAGGACGAGGAGGAGAAGUACAAGGAGGAGAAGGACGAGGAGGAGGAGCGAAGCUAUGGCCUUUACCAUACAGACAUUGAUGGCAGACUGCUGCCUCUCUGCAACCUCACCUCCCUCUCUCUCUACACAUCCUUCCCUCCGCUCAUUGGCCACCUCACCCACCUCACCUCCCUCUCCCUCCCCCGCGUCUACGCAUCAUACCACGACCAACACCCCAACACCCCAUCCUGCUCCCUCCACCGCGGCCUGUCUCGCCUCACUCGCCUGCAGGAGCUCUUCAUUGGCUGCAGCAGCCGCUGCGACCACUCUGACACUGUCGCUUGUCGCUGUGGGAAUUCUGGCUCCGCCUGCAUUCCCCGCUUGCCCCGUCUGCGCCGCGUGCGCGUGCACUGCCCCGACGAGACCGUGAACGUGGCCCGCCUGCUCGCCAACGUGGCGGCGUCCCUGGAGCAGCUGGACGUGCGAGCCGACUACCGCAACUACUCCUCUGCAGAUCUCGGAUGGACGGCACUGGUGUUUCCAAAGCUCAAGGUGCUGCAGCUGGUGACCUCAGGGCCCGCUUCGUACGUGUACAUGGCUCUCUUCCCUGCCCUAGAACACAUGGCAUUGGCAGGCAACCGCAGGGUGUCAUGGGGGGUGGAGAAGGGUUUCUCUUCCAGCCUGCGCUUCUUGCACUUAACCUGUGCAAGGCUGUCUGGAUUCUACAGUGACCCUCAGCUGACGCAGCUGACCUCGCUCACCACGCUGGUGGUGGACAACGCUGACUGCCGGGACUUGCUCGCAUGCCUCUCCGCCUUCUCCUCCCUGCGCACCCUCCGCCUCUCCAACCUCACCAGGGGCUGCUCUGAGCCCUACCUCACCUGCCCCCCUCUCCUCGCCACCCUUCAGAUCUGCCGCUCCGACCUGCCCCACCUCCCAUCCUCACUCCUCAAAUUCGCCCGCCUCAAUCGCCUUGACUUGCUGCACUGGAGCUGCCUGCACUCCCUCCCGCGUUUCCUUUCAUCUUUCACGUCGCUCCGCCAUUUCAGAGUUACCUGCGAUGGCCCCAGGCCCUUAGUGCCGGCAUGCCUCGAAUAUUUUCUCAGGGACAGGGAUUGGUACGAGUACUCGCCGUGUGUGUGGCAGCUUGAAUAGAGAAGUUCAAUGCUGUAUUUAUAAAUCCCAGUAAUGUAA